AUGGCCGACGAUAUCCCCUUGGCCGUCCGCCGAACGCGCCGGACCAGCACUCUUAACCUCAAUAACAAGGACUCGGCCGACGCGCUUCCUUUCCCGGAAGCCGUCACCCCCAGACGGUCGAGGAAGCGGAGGGUCCGAUUCUCCGACCCGGGUCCUAGCACGGGGACGGAGAGGGAACGAGGCGUGGCCAAAGAUGACGAGGACAUUGACGAGCUGUCCACCGGCCUCACUCCCAUGGUGAAGCGCACGUCUAUACAGUCCGAGGUCGUCACAUUCGAGCCGAUCCGUCAAAUCAUUGACGAGCGCUCCAAGAGGCGCAUCCGGCGCAACGGCCUCAGCGCCGAGAUGAACGCAAUCGAGUCCGAGACCCGUCAGCGCGCGCGCGAGGCCCGCGCCGAGAUUGAGCGUCUGAGUGCUGAACUCAGGGCCAAGGAUCUUGAGAUUUACCAGCUGCAAAACGCCACUAUUAUUGUCGACACGGACAGGAUCUGGGAGCUCGAGAGGCAGGUCGCUGAUCUCCAGGGCGAGUUGGCCGAGAGGUCACGCACCCAAAAGCAAGAUCGGCAUGAUGCCACUGCGGCAGGCUUCGAGUGGACCGUGAUGGCGAGGGAUCCUUUCAACCCGGACUACUCUUCCGUCGCUGGUGGCGAGGACGAGGACGAAGACGACGACUACGAAGAGGCUUUUGGCGACACUACCAUGGCUGACUUGCAAUGCAGCACUCCAUCCCGCGUGAGAGCCUCUUUCCCCUCGCCACCGCUUACCAGCCCCGCCCUCCCGGGGACUCCUUGCCGUCGCUUUACGCCGCCUACGCCACAAUCCCACGCUGGGGUCCAAGUGUACUUCCCCGAUAUCGCGAGCAAGGGCCUCGAGGAAGAGCUGGCUUCCAUGAAGACCGAAAUGGCCAAGCUCAACAACACUCUCGAGUCGUACCGCGGCUUAACCACCAGGCUCAACGAUCGUCUCCUCGAAUCGAGGGUAGACGAGCUGCUCCGGGCCUUCUCCGACAGGACCGCCGCCCUGCUGGAAAUCACCUCGUCGCUCAGCCAGCUCGGGUUCCCCGGCGAUGACGCGGCGGCCAUCAUCACAUCUCUCUCCGCGGGCUUCCGCAGCGCCCGCCUCGAGCUCGAGUACCUCAGCCCCGGCGAGGUCGCGCUGCCCCUCACCUCGCGGGGCGCCGAAGUACUCGACCUGCUGCUGACCCGCCUGCGGGACCUGGCCAAGCGCGCCCAAGAAGACGAGACCACCAUCGACGAGUACCACGAGCUCGAGCUCUCCCUCCGCAAGCAGCUCUCCUCCCGCGUCGACGUCAUGGACGAGCUCAAAGCCGCCCUCGCCCAGGCCCAAACCGCGCUCGCUGACAAGACGGCCCGCGUGCAGGAGCUCGAGGUCGGCGUGAGCCGGCUGCGCGGCGCCGUCGACGGCUACGUCCGGGACGUGCACGAACUCGAGCGCCUCGUCGAGGGCAUGGAGGCCGACACCCGUGAGCGCGGCGCCGCCCACGCCGCCGAGCUGGAGAGCAAGCGGCGCAUCCUCGUGAGUAAAGAGGACCGCAUCGCCGAGCUCGAGGUCGUGCUGGCUGCCUCGGACGGCCGCGGGUCCGCCCUGGCUGCGCGCGUCGCUGAACUCGAGGAGAAGCUCGCCGGUUCCGUCGCGCAGACGGAGCGCCUCCUCGCCGAGGCUGCCGCGCUGGUCGCUGCCAAGGCUGAUAUGGGCAGGCGGCACGGAGAGGCCCUGGCCGUGCGGGACGCGCGAGUGGCGGAGCUCAAGGAGGAAGUGGAGCGCGUCAAUGGGUGUCUUCGCGCCGCGUACGGCACGGUGCAGAGCCUGCGCGUCGGCGGGGCGGAGCUCGAGGUUCGUAUGGGCGAGGAGCGCGAGCGCGCCAAGGCUGUUAUUGACUCGAUGCGGGAUGAGCUCCAGAGGGUCGUGCGCAUGAGCCAGGAGUUCCUCGAGGCGCCGUCGUCGCGGGACAAGGACGCUGCCGCGGGCGAGUCCGAGGAGGGGGAGGAGCGAGGGCUCUGA